CCCAGGACCCGCGGAGCAGCCGUCGCGGGGCCUCGCCGCGGCCUCCAGCGCCCCAGCCCCGGGGAAUGCAGUGGCCCCCGGCCCCUGGCGCCUCUCCGUGUCUAGGCUGGGCCUCCUCGCUCGCCUGCUCCGCGGCCACGACGCUCCUGAGCCGCACCGGCCGGGCCCCCCUCAUGGCGGCCAAGUGGUUCAAGGAGUUCCCCCUGAACCUGAAGACCGUGUCGGAGCGGGCCAAGCCCGGCGGCGGGGGCGGCGGUAAACUGCGCAAGAACUCGGAGGCGGGCGGCGCGGGGCCUGGCUCGGGCAAGGGCCGCAAGAACUCGGCGGCCGAGCUGGGGAGCGGCCGGGCCGGUGUCGGCCCCCCCAAGGACAGCAGGUUGUCCCGGGACAGCCUGCAGGGUCUGAUUCAGGCCGCCGCGGGCAAGGGCCGCAAGAACUCCCGGGCCACCGAGGACGAGCCCCACCGGGGCGCGGCCAAGAGCUCAGGCUGCAGCACCUACAUCAACAGGCUCAUCAAGGUGGACACGCAGGAGAAGAACGGGAAGAGCGGCUACCCCAGCAGCAGCAGCAGCGGCAGCUCCAGCAGCUCUUCCUCUGCGUCCUCUUCCCCUUCCUCCCUGGGCCCCGAACUGGACAAGGGCAGGAUUAGUAAGCAGCAGGACACGGUCAUCAUUUUAGAAGACUAUGCUGAUCCUUACGAUGCUAAACGGACAAAAGGUCAAAGGGAUGCAGAGAGAGUAGGCGAGAACGACGGUUACAUGGAGCCCUAUGAUGCACAGCAGAUGAUAACAGAAAUCAGACGACGAGGUUCCAAAGAUCCCCUGAAGGCUCUUCAGCUGCUCGACAGCCCCUGUGAGCCCGGGGAGAACGGCCUGAAACCCGAGACGCUGGCCAAGAGACGGAGCUCCAAGGACCUCCUGGGGAAGCCUCCGCAGCUGUACGACACGCCCUACGAGCCGGCGGCGGCGGACGGGGGCCCGCGGGCCGAGGGGCCGGAGCGGAAGGCGCGGCCACCGGACGGCCACAGCCGGCUGCCCGAGGACGACGAGAGGCCGGCGGCCGAGUACGAGCAGCCCUGGGAGUGGAAGAAGGAGCAGAUCGUGCGGGCGCUGUCAGUUCAGUUUGAAGGCUCUGAGCGACCUUCCAUCAAGGAGGAGACAGUGAGGCAGCACCAUCGACAGAAGAGCUGGACCCAGAAGAUCUUGAAGCCAGCCCUCUCUGACCACAGCGAAGGGGAAAGAGUGGACCCAGCUCUGCCACUGGAGAAGCAGCCUUGGUAUCAUGGUGCCAUCACCCGUGCUGAGGCUGAAAGUCGACUACAACCCUGCAAAGAAGCUGGGUACCUGGUUCGAAACAGCGAGUCAGGGACCAGUAGGUACUCCAUUGCACUGAAGACUAGUCAGGGAUGUGUCCACAUCAUAGUGGCUCAGACCAAAGACAACAAGUACACCCUGAAUCAGACGAGCGCCGUCUUUGACAGCAUCCCCGAAGUGGUACACUAUUAUUCCAAUGAGAAGUUGCCUUUCAAAGGGGCAGAACACAUGACCUUGCUCUACCCUGUGCACAGCAAGCUGCACUAAGGUGCAGUCAUCAAAAGUCCGGUGGGGCUUCUCACACCGAGGGAGAGCAUCAGCAGGCACCCAGCUGGCAUCUCAGGGGACAAGGCUGGACUGCGUCAUAGUAUCUGGGAGGAAGUGAGAGUCUUCACUUAGAAGUCAUAAAGUCUUUGGCCUUGAAUCCAUUCCACGACAAGUGGUUACUGACCUGUCCCUUUUCCCCUUGCUAAGUGGUUCUACAAGAAACCAUAAUUUGCCAGUUGCCUCCACUCUCUGGAGUAAGGUGUUCUAUUUGGGGUGUGACCCUCAGGAAAGGUAAGUCAGGAGUCCAAGAAUAUUAAGGUUCUCCAAAAAUGUGCUAGUUGUUCCCUGGAAUACCUGAUCUCCCAACAAACCAACUAAAAUGCACUUGGACUUUACGUAAGGCAACAAAAAAUGAUGGUAAUGUAAUAUAGGACCCUUUAUUGGGGAGAAGAAUGAACGGUGGAAACUAAGUAAAUGAAUAGUGGGCACUCUGGAGAAAGCGGUCUUUCUCUCGAGUGUCCUAGUUCAGCUCUGGAGUCCAUGAAAAUUCACAACUUUAGGGUUUGGCAAAAGGAUUAUUUUGUUGAUCAGCCUUCUAAGAAAGUUUGUGUUUUCUCAAUCUCUGUGGACUUUCUCAUCAUUUUGAAGCAAAUCAGUAAUGCAAGCGUAAAUAGGAAGGAAGAUGCCCCUGAUUUAAGAAUCACCAAUAAAAUUAAACAUUGGCAUCAUUACUGUAAUUCUGAAUUACAGAAUAAAGGAUGCAACAAAGAUUUCAUUUCUGAUUUUUUUAAAAAUCUGAAAAUUUACAAAGCUCAACAACUGUUUUAUUGGAUCAUUAUACAGAACUUCUGAUAUCUUUUGAUUCGUCUUUGUGCAUUUUAGUUGUUAUGAAACCAUUUAAAUGUUUUGCCCCUAAAAUUAGAUUUGCUUUGUAUUUUUAGAGUAAUUUAAAAUAUAUAUAUAUAUAUGUAUGUAACUCUAAAAUGAUUGUCUGAACUGGGUUUCUAAAACCUGCAAACUUGCUGUACAGAGCAGACUGGUUCACACUAUAUAAAAAUAUUUUAAAAGACAGAUUUUCUCUAACUAGUACUGCUUACGGAUAUUAAAAUAAUAUUCAGAGUAUUGUUAUCUUUAUGAUUUAUCGUGAACUUAUAUAGCCAAUGUACUUACUGUGAAAGAAACCGCAUGGGAAUGGCAUACUGUGAGAAGAGGAGACAGUGAGGGACUCUGUAAUUACAGCUGAGCAGAUGUUGCUGUGUUCUGGGUUUUGUAAUUUGGUUCUUAAAACUGGUCCAGAUGCAAGUGUGCUGAUUGCCAUCAGCGAAAAGUUAACUUUUAUAGCUUCUAUUAAAUACACACUAAAAAAUGUUGAUUGGGUUAAUUUUUAGGAAAACAUAUCCUUCUAGUUAUCAUUUCACUAUUAUGAUUUAGAGAUUAGUAAAUAUUCACUUCUUUAUUCUGUUAAGAUUGUAGCCAAAAGGUUGUGCGAUCUUUGAUUUUAAAAAUUCGGAUAGGAGCUUUUUCUCACUGGAUCUCAAUGAUUUUUAUCAAUAAAGAAUAUUUUUUUUAAGUACUGAUAGAAUUUUUUAACGCAUUGGUUUAUGUCCUCUAUCUUUAGUACGAGAUUUUUUUUUAUUUUAGCAUCCAAAGGCCCAAUUCCAUUUGACGAAUAUUUAUUAUCUUCUAUAUACAGAUAAUUCAUUGUGUUAAACUUAUUUUUAGUUCAACAUUCUAGAAAUGAAACCUUAUUUUUUAGUUAAACUUAAUCUACAAAGGAAAUAGAGCAGUUAUCCUAAUUUUAAUAAAUGCUGAAAGCUUCGUAAAAAUUUUUCUCUGUGCACUAAAUGAUGUUUGGCCCAUGCCCAGCAACUGGGAUGAGUGUAUAAUGAAACAACACUUUGAAAGCAGACGUGAUACAUUAAGUAUUUAUUGAGCUUCUUUUCUGUGCUCAGUAUUGUGCUUUCUCUAUACUGUUUUUCUGUGACAGUCAUGCUAUUUUCUUUAUGUAAUUAAAAGUGGAGAUGGGAAGUUUAUAUAUAGUCCAGUUCCUUCACAAUUGUGCGGAAGGUUGUAAGAAGAAAUACAGUCAAUGAGAAGGGGGAGGUAAGCUACUAUUUUCUUCCUAAGGUUGUGACACAAGCUGACAAAGGCCAAGGAAUUCACAGCUGGGUGGUGGCACAAAGUACCAUAUGUUCUGAAAACAAUUAGGCCCAGCAGGGUGUCCCUAAUGGCUUCCUUGUUAAGCCUCCAGGGCCAGCUGAUCUGAAGCCCUGUGACAUGUCUCCUCUCUGAGCUCUGAACGCUGGGGCUUUUUGUCAGUUUGUCUUGAUACAAGUAUUUUCCUGUGGCCUUCAUUCUUUUGAGUUCAUUCUGUGUCUCAGGAUGGUUUUUGAUCCUUUCUGGAGAGAAUAAUGUCUUCUCACAAAUUUGUACUCGUUUGCCUUGAAUCUUAGCAUCCAUAGAGUUUCCUGCAUCUGUUCUUUCCCCUUUUUAAGAAAGACACCAUGCUCUACUCCGGGUUACAAGGUGUUCAUUUAGUUGGUUCAUUUCAGACCAAUAAGAACAGAGGGGGAAAGAACAUUUCUCUUUACUUUGCUACCGUUGCUGUUUCUAUUAGGCUGGAUUUCAACCAUUGGAGUUUGUGUAUUUAAAUAAGUAGGAAUGAAAUAAUGGAGAAACAUUAAUAUAUGUACAAAAAGGUAAAUAUUAAUAUGCCUACUCUGUUGGGGACAGAAGUGGUUUUUAGUUAUCCAAAGUACUUUCUUAAGAAACAUGUAUAAAAAGAAGCUUUAUUCUUUAAAGUAUCCGUGCUUUGCGGAGUUGUUAUUCGCUGGCCUCUGCGGCAGGAUGCGGAGGUGGGAAGAUAAUCCAUAGGGACAGCCAGAAGUUAGAGACAGGUGGGAAAACAGUCCUCCUGUAUCAAUUGGGUCAUUUAACUAUGUUAUUAAAUCUCAGUACUUAAUUCAGAAGCACAACUGAGCAUUCGAGAUACUCUUCAGUUGCUUUUUAAAUGAGAGUAGCCUUUCUAUUCUAUUAAAAUGUCUUUUUUCAGUCAAAGGUUAAUGCCUCAUUUUUCCUUAAGUGUCAGAGGGAUAAAAACAAGUCUUGUUCAUUUCCCUUCUCUUCCUUCAAUACUUUCUCACAGAUGCCUCUCAUUCAUUAACUUGUCUCUUUCUUAUUUUUCAUAACCUACACUAUUUUGGCCUUUUUAGAAUCACUCCUCGUUGUUGUCGUCUCUAAUUUUUGUACCCCAUUAACUUGGACUUAGAGAAACUUGGCCUGCAGUGGACCUUGAUUUACCCUCCUUAAUUUCUGACCUCGUAGAAAGAAAACGAUGGUGUGUUACUGCCAUCUAAUGGAGAAAUAGAAAACUGCAGUGGGAAAACAAAGCACAUUUAGGGCAGGGUUUUCUAAAGGAUUUCUGAUACAGUCCUUAGUUGGGAAAAUGAUGACACAGCAGUUGCCAUCUUGAAAUCUGCCCUUUCCUGUGGAAAGGGUGGUUUGCAGCCUAUCACAACCAUCAUCCUGAAGUCCCCGCACUAUGGCUGGAUCAUGUCCUUUAGAAUUUGAAAUUGUUUUAAUGAAUAUCCAUGCUGGCAACAGAUCACUGAGACAGGCAUCUCGUUUUGUCCAGUUCUUAACCAUUUUGUCAGGGGGCUUUCACAUGUUAAGUAUCAACUAAUACACAGUUUAACUUUUGAAAAUAUCUGAAGACUGUAAUGCAGGUGCCUAUCCGUAGAGCUUUAGUAAUUUAUAUUGUAUAUAAAUCAGAAAGAGAUCAUAAAAUUUCUGGAUGUAUUGAAGUAGCCGAUAUGAGCUGCAUGGCCUCCUGAAGGUCGUUUACUCUGAAAUGUACUUUUAAAUAAACGUUAUUCCAAGAAAA